CAAGUGAAAUCAACAUGUUCAAGAUCAACCUUUUAUUUGGGUUUACUCUGUGUUGUACCAUUGUUGGUAUACAAUGUGCUCCAACUGCCGAUACAUCUAGUGCUGUUCAAGGUUUCGCUUUCGAAAUGAUCAUGACGAAACUGCAAUUUCUAGAAGAUCGUUUCACUGAGGUGGAAGAACAGCUGGUAAAAAAGAUAAGUGAUUUAUGCAGUAGAAUGGAAAGCAUCAUGCAACACAAGAACGAUUCAAACAAAGUGCGUGAUAAUGUGUACACAUCUUGCGGCGAGGUUCCCUCUUCCGGAAUAUAUUCCAUAAAACCGGAUAACACCUUCAAUGAACCGAUGAGGGUGCUUUGUGAUCAAGAUUACGAAUCCGGAGGCUGGAUUGUAUUUCAACAUCGCUUUAACGGAUCGACGAAUUUCUAUCGGAAUUGGCAAGAGUACAAGAAUGGAUUUGGAAAUCUGGAUGGGGAAUUCUGGUUGGGUCUGGACCGUAUUCAUCAGUUGACAGUUUCACGUCCACAUGAGUUGGUAGUGCUGCUGGAAGAUUUUGAUGGCUAUAAAAUUUACGCCAAGUACGAUCAGUUUGAGAUCGGAGACGAAAACGAAAAAUAUGUAUUGAAGAAGCUACGUAAUUAUUCUGGAUCGGAUGGCAAUUUUUUUUAUCACGAUCGGGGCAUGAAAUUUUCUACAUUCGAUGCGGAUAAUGACGCAAGCUCGAGAAAUUGCGCAGACACAUUGAAUGGAGCAUGGUGGUUCCGUGAUUGUGGAUAUAGCAAUCUCAAUGGACGAUACGGAACUGGAGAUGAUUACACGAAAACAUUUAAUUGGUUUCGUGAUUUACUCAAAAUUUCAAAAAUGAUGAUAAGACCAAAGACGGCUUAGUUAUUUAGUGAUGCAAUAUUUUCUAAAGCACAUGUAAAUCGUUAUCGGACAAUCCAAUUGAUAUAAAGAAUAAAAAAUUAUUAAACUACACAAAAUAAAUGUUUUUACUGCUGAAGAUUGUCGUUUGUUUGAAAACAGUUUAAUGCAGGCAUAAGCAACCUGGGGCCCGCGGGACGCAUGCGGCCCUCGAAGUGGUUUUAUGUGGCCCGCGAAUAGCCAAUAGCAAAUUUUAUAUCAAAUGUAAUUAAGAAUUAAAAGCGAAUUAAAUUAAAUUAAUACAACACUCAAAACUAAAAAAGAAAGAUUUUUAAUCCUAAUUCACUUUUCAAAAAUACAGCAAUGCAUCUAGUCCGAAAAAGUCCGGAUAAAAGCAGCUUUACUACAUUCAUUAUUAUAUCAAUGCAUCUUGCAAUGUGGCCCGCCAACCAGUUUUUGAUUUUUAAUGUGGCCCGAAGCUUUAAAAGGUUGCUCAUCCCUGGUUGAAUGGAUAUAGUUUGAAGGGAAGUUAUAAUGCGCAAUUACUUUUUUUGGUUUUGUCCACUGAAGAACGGCCUUGCAAUGUUGGAUUUGUUGGUUGUAUUUUUACUUAAAUAAAUCAACGUUGAUGUUGAGAUACGCGCUGGAUGUUGAAUGCCAUCCGGUCUUUCUACAGUCUGGUGAAACGUUUCUACACAAAGUACCUGUCGCGACGAUUAAAGCUGAGAUUAUAUAGAAACUAUAUACGAGGGCUGACAAUAAAGUAAGGUCUCCAAUUUUUUUUCAUAGAAAAUGACAUGUAUUUACAAAAAGCGAUACACCGUUGGAAAGGGCAAGGUCUUGGCUACUUUUCUACAUAAUCGCCAUUUUUUCCAACACCUUGCGCAUCCGCACGAUGAACUUGUCUAUGCCGGCAGAAUACCACUCUCCGUC